AGUCCAGGAACACAGGCUGAUCUGAAACUGGGUCGGUACGUAAUUACCUACCUCUCAGGUAUGUCGGGUACCUCCCCCAACGGUCCAUGCGCGAGGUGAGGCAAGCUGAGCCGCACUCAUUCCCUACUAUGUAAACGGGUUUCUUAAAUACGGAAACUCCGCAACAUUGAAUGUUCAUGGGUUGCGCAAUACAUUAUGCGCCUUUGUCCGACGUCAAUCGGUUACGCUCUGUAUUUGGUCGGGCAAGAUGCCUUACCUCGGUGGGAAGGUACAGUGCUAUACGUACUUAACUCUAACGGUUGGCAGUUGGCAGACGGCUGGUAUGAAUCCCGUCGUUGUUGCGUACCUAGUUACGUAAUACAUUUUGAACCUCUCGACAAUCGCGACUGCACGACUGCCUACCGCUUCAACUUUUGCUUUCUAUUCGUAAGGGCUCCAGCCGGAAACCAGACCAGGCGACCACCAUGACUGGAACUGUCGGGGAGCUACCUCCAGAGGUCCAGCUUGCCACUUCCUCCCAUGUCAAAUAUAUCCAGAGCUUGGAUACCCGGAAGGACGAGUAUGAUUACUGGCUUACGGAACACCUCCGACUAAAUGGUCUCUACUGGGGUUUGGCGGCCCUCCAUCUACUGGGCCACCCGCAGGCCCUUCCACGAGAGGAGACAAUAGACUUUGUCCUGUCAUGUCAGCACGAGAACGGCGGGUUCGGAGCUGCUCCGAGCCACGACGCACACAUGCUCUAUACCGUCAGUGCGGUGCAGAUUCUCGCCAUGAUAGAUGCAUUGGACGAACUCGAGAAGAGGGGGAAGGGCAAGGCACUGGUUGGGAAGUUUAUUGCCGACCUGCAGAACAGAGACACCGGUACCUUUGCUGGGGACGAAUGGGGCGAGCAAGACACUCGCUUCCUCUACGGCGCGCUCAACGCGCUGUCCCUCCUCGGGCUUCUUCACCUGGUUGAUGUCGACAAGGCUGUAGAUUACGUCGUUGCCUGCGGCAACUUCGAUGGCGGGUACGGCGUCAGUCCGGGCGCCGAAUCCCACGCUGGCCAGAUAUUCACCUGCGUCGCCGCCUUGUCCAUCGCAGGGAGGCUGGACCUCGUCGACGCUGAUAAGCUCGGCAGGUGGCUCAGUGAGAGACAGAUCGCCGGAGGUGGGCUAAACGGCAGGCCCGAGAAGAAAGAGGAUGUUUGCUAUAGUUGGUGGGUUCUGAGCAGUCUCGAAAUGAUUGGCAGGACCCAUUGGAUUGAUAGGGACCAGCUUAUUUCUUUCAUUCUGAGAUGCCAGGACCCCGAACAAGGGGGUAUCUCCGACCGACCAGGAAAUAUGGUUGAUGUAUGGCAUACCCUCUAUGCCAUCGCCGGGUUAAGCCUACUGGAAUAUCCGGGACUCGCACCUGUUUCCGCGUCUUAUUGUAUGCCGAAAUCGACUAUCGAAAGGAUUUUGGGCAAACAAGACUAGGUCAACCCAUCUUUCGGGUUGUAGAUGAAGUUGAAUGCCAUUGAUAAUUUGAGCAAUGA